UAUAUUAUCUCUGGGUGGUUGGCUGUUGAUUGGUUAGUAAACUGGCUAGUUGUUAAGUAAAUAAUGUCUAUGGGUGGCUCCCUUUACAUGAUAGGAGGCUCAGUAUUCGGUACACAGAGCAUGGAUUUUUAUCUCUAGUAGCUAGCUACCUCUGCAUCAGUUUCACAACACAAGGAUCUAUGGUGCUUUAGCUGUCGCUGUGCUACAGUAAAGAGAGAGAGAGUAUUAGCACAGUAGAUAGUACAGUGUACAUAUAUAAUACAGUAUCAGCACUGCAUAUAGCGGUAUUCAGGGUAUACACAGUACAGUGUAUAGUGGUAGUAGUCAGGGUCUACAUGAUACAGUUAUAUAACUGUAGUCAGCGUAUGCAUGAUGCUGUUUAAACCAGCUCUACAGCCCUGGGGAAGAGCUAAGCGGCUCAGAUGAACCAUCGUGUGACCUCAAUCAUCCUGUGACAUCACACCGACACUGAGACGGUCAGGUGGGUGGAAGGACACCGAGCAGGGGCUAUGAACUCAAACAGCACAGCUUUGCUCUGAGGAGGAAUCAAGUGCCUUGUAGAUGAUCUGGAUUUCAUUUAGCUUCCUGCUACUACAGUCAAAUAAUAAGAGGCAUUCUUCUUUGUCAUCCUGGUUUGUGUUGCAGUACACAAAAACAGCCAGUUACAUCAAAGGGUUACAAGCACCGUUUCACUUGUUUAUGCAAUAGGAUAAUAAUUGAGCACGUUCUCUCCCUUCUUCUGAAACUAUAAGCACCUAGCCUUGUGAAACCAGCCUAUUCUCGUGAUUGCUCGUGAUUGCUACUAUAAAGGACCCAUAAUAACAAUCCAUAACAAAAUGGAGACUCGGUCUCUCUCGCAGGACUCCAUCUUGGAGUGUCAGAUCUGUUUUAACUACUACAGCCCGCGAAGGAGGCCCAAGCUGCUGGACUGCAGACACACGUGCUGCUCUGUGUGCCUGACCCAGAUGCGGUCCAGCCAGAAAGAGAUCCGCUGCCCCUGGUGCCGUGGCGUCACCAAACUCCCCGCCGGCCUCUCCGUCUCCCAGCUCCCCGAUGACCCUGACAUCAUUACAGUCAUCGCCAUCCCGCAUGCCUCCGAGCACACGCCCGUCUUCAUCCGCCUGCCUAGCAAUGGCUGCUACAUGCUGCCCCUGCCCGCUGCUAAGGAGAGGGCGCUGUUGCCUGGCGAACUUGGCUGCCGGUUCCUGCCAGGUGGCAGCGGGCAGCAGAAGGUGGAUGUGGCGGUGGUGGCCAUGCCUGAGCUGCAGCCCCUGGGGAUGAGUCUCGACGGCCUGGAGGAGGCAGAGAGGAGGGGAGCCGGGGGAGGAGGUGGUGGAGGGGGGAAGGGCUCCACGUGGUCCGGGGUGUGUACAGUGAUCCUGGUAGCCUGUGUCCUGCUCUUUCUCCUGGGUAUCGUGCUCCACAACAUGUCCUGCAUCUCCAAACGUUUUACUGUCAUCUCCUGUGGCUGAGGGGAGGGGCCAGACAUCAUGUCACUCACCAUGUUCCCUCCCACUCCCCCUUGCUGUAGCUCCACCACCCUCCUCAGCCUGGAUUAUGAUGAGGAUAAAGGAUUUUAUACCUAUCAUAGAUGGUCAAGAAAACAACAAACAGACCGAGACAGAGAGAGAGGGGGUUGCUACAAAUAAACUGGGGACUGAAACUCAUUUUCUCCUAUUAUUGAUUUGGAGAUAUUCUGAAGACACAAAACACACACCCCUUUCCGUCAACUUGAUGCACCCCUCUACUCCCCAAACCCCCCCCCCCCCCAUCAGAAGGAGGGCCUCAGCCUCAUGGAAUUCUCGUGGAAAUUUGAGGUAUCCUUGUGGACCUAUCGACCCGGGGACCUAAUUUGGGGACCCCUGGGGACUGGUGGUGUCAGUACUGAGCACAUACAGUGUCUCCAGCUGGAGCUGCAAUAUAGUCUUUGGACCUCUUGGUAGACCUGGGAUCAAAUACAAAAAUGUGAAUCUUUUCAAAUACUUUGAGUGUUUGGUUAAGUCUGCCUGGCAUGCCAGAUGGGUGGGGUAUGACGUUUUGGGACUUUUCUAUUGGUUUAUUAUGUCAGGCAAUUUUAAACAGAUAGGUAUUUCAAUUGAUUUUCCAAGUAUUUGAAACCCAGGUCUGCUUUCUUUAUUUCUAUCCUCAGUACUGAGGCGAAACAGACAGUGAAUCCAGUAAUUACUGUAUGUGGAAUCCACUAAACCACCUCUAGCCAAGGGUUGUUCCUAGAGGGACUGAUCAAUCAAUACUGGUGGUGGUUGUUUGCUGUGGUUGUGUCCCAAAUGGCACCCUAUUUAUUAUAUAGUGCACUAUGUAGGAAUAGGGUGACAUUUUGGGGAAGCGCUUGCUGUGUUUCAAAUUUUGUCAGAAUCUCUCUAAUGGUCUAAAAACAGAAUGCUUACUUACUGUUGCUCCAAUAUAUAAUGCAGUACUGUAUGUAUGUGGUGGUAUUUUGAUCAAUGAUGUUUUAAAAACAAAAACAGGGAAAUAUGUGAUCUCUGUGUUGUAUUAUAUACUUAUAAACCAGCCUAUAUUUGAUAGAAAGCACAUACUACAUGUCUUCAGUAGCCAGCCAGCCUAAAGUAAUAAUGAUUGAUGUAGUGUUGCAAUGAUUUGUCUAUCCCCAAUGCCCUUCACUGAGAACAGAUGGUCAUUGCUUUUAAUAUUGAGGUCUCUGGUCAGUAUUAACAUGAAGAGAGAUCAGUGCGAGAGAGAGAGCACGUGGCGUGUGCAUCCGUGAUAACCAGGUCUCAAGUCAUAGGCAAGUCAAGUCACAUUCUCUCUCUCUCACACUGAUCUCCCUUCAUGCUAAUACUGUCUUUGAUCUUCAUGUGAGGCUGUGGGGUCACAGUAAGGUGCUGGGUGGGGUUAAGAGUGGGCGGGCUUGAGGGUCCAAGUCUUAAUGCUAAUCGCAUUGAUUUAUGAAGAGUUAUAAAUAUUUUCUUCUUCUUCAUGUUUGUGUCCCAAAUGGCACAUUAUUACCUGUCUAGUGCACUGCUUUUGACCAGGGCCCGUAGUGACCUGGUCAAACGUAGUGCACAAUAUAGAGAGUAGGGUGCAAUGUGGGACACAAUAUCCUUGUUGUUGUUGACAAAAUUAUUAUGAUCCGGUAUCUACUGUAUUAAAGCAAUUGAGUGUAAUCACAAACAAACAGUGUGAACUGUUUUGUAUAGCAGCCAUGUACAGACAUGUACAGAAUGAUUGUAUUUUUCCUUGUUGUCCUUCUUUCUAUUUGUGUUUACAUGUUUACUUCAGUCUGUCUGUAAUAGUAGCCUGGUCUAGAAUCAGUUCUUAUUGCAGCAAGUUAGAAACCUUGGUGGACAGUGUGAAGAUUCAUUCGGACUGGUCUAGGAUCAGUGCUCAAGACAGUGGGUUUGUUAGGCUCUUUGUUACGGUUGCAGAAUUCUGUACAUUUUUCCAAUAUUCCCCAAAAUUUCCAGGAAUCCUGGUUGGAACCAAUCACAGCCAGAGAGGAGGAGGUUGUAGAAAUGAGAGAUUCCAGGUUUUGUGGGGAUUGGCUGAUCAGCGCUUACCUACAGAUAAUUGUACUGGGUCUGGCUGCUAUCAAUCUGGUGCUGGAACCACCAACGGCCAAGAUGGAACCUCUGCCCAAGAAUUCUGUAUGCAUCCCAAUAGUACACGAUAUAGAAAAUAGGGUGCCAUUGGUCACAGGCUGUCUCUAUCCCCACUACCCUGUAAAACAAUCGAACAGACCUGCUGGGCUGCCACUGUGAUUGGCCCCAAUGUAACUCAAUAUUGGACUCCUUAAAAAGGCAGUCAGUGAGUGAGAAAUCUCAGUUUGAUAGCCACCAUCCUUAGGUAAGAGCUAAACAACCAAUCCCCAGGACAACUGGAGUGUCUCAUUUCUACAACCUUUUCCUCUCUGGCUGUGAAUGGUUCCAACCAGGAUUUCUUGAAAACCAGGGAAUGAUCUAAAAGUAUAUAUGCCACGCUGUGUAUUGUUAUCUUAGACAAAUACUGAAGAUUUCAUUUUAAAAAAUGAUGUAAAUUUAUGGUGCCAUUAAACCAGACUAGUCUAGUUACAUUGUCUGUAGAUAGAUACCACAGUAAACAACAAUAACAGUAGUUAAUAGGGAUGCAACCCAAAAUGUCACCCUAUUCCCUAUAAUGUUAUAGUGCACUACCUUUGACCAGAAUCCUAUGGGCCCUGGUCAAAAGUAGUGCACUAUUUACAAAAUAGGGUGCCAUUUGGGAAGCAGGUGUCUGGCCCUAAAGGGUUUCUUUAGGUCAGUGGUAGGUGGUGAGGGGAGGACGGCUCAUACACUGGAAAGGAAUUUAUUAGAACGGUAUGUGUAUGAUGCCGUUCAAUUUAUUCCAUUCCAGCCAUUACAAUGAGCCCAUCCUCCGGUUUAAAGUGGCACCAGCCACCACUGCUUUAGGUCAGUGUUAUUUUAUGUAUUAAUACAUGCAGCCAGUAAAAUGAUUUGAACCGAUGGACUCAAUGUGUUUGAAACCCCUGUUGUACUGCCGAUAGAUCCAUUGUUAAAAGAUGCAUGAUGUGAUUUUGCUUGGAUGGAGUCAGUAGAGGAUAUGGUUUUAUAUGCAAAUGAAGGUACAGAGGAAUGUCAAAUAGUAUAGUUUAAAAGGUGUCUGUGCACAAUGAAGCCAUGAGACAUUAGAAUGGGGAUUUGGGGAUUUUUGGACUGCGUCCCUGGGUAGAUCUAUCGUGUUUCCCAAAUUGACCCCUAUUCCGUAUUUCGUGCAAUACUUUUGACCAGGGCCCAUAGGAAUAGCGGGUGCUAUUAAGUACAGCACCAAGAUGUUUCUUUCCAUGCUACAGUAAAGCCUGUUUUUAAAACUGGAAUCAUUUUCAGAGGACACUGUUUACUUUCAACAACAGUCCAUGUACAAAGCCAAGGACUACAUCCUGUAGCCUUAACCUUUUACUGCAGUGGGCUAAAUCAGGGUCACACCGAGUGUUUCUUCGUAGUCUUAAACAAGUCUACUUUGAAACAAAAGUAUACACCUCACACACAUGGUUCUGGGCUUAAACAAGAAGACAUCGGUACCAUGUCAGAUAUAGAGUUUAAAUGUAUUACAUUUUGAGUUUGCAUCACAAAAUUACACUUUAUAUACAUCACAGAAGACUGAAAAAUACAUAUUUUUCAACGUUUGACAUAGAAACAUUGGAUUUUUGGAGUUAAAAAAAAUCUUUGUUUAUUAAUUAUGAAAUUAUAAAAAAUAUUAAUAACAUUCCACCCAUGAGGCCACUAACUAAUUUGACUGCAGGAAAGGGCUAUGCUGCGAUUCAAUCCAAUCAUGCUUUUUCGGCAAUGCACAUUUUUAAGGCAAUGUUCCCCGAUCGUGGACACCACAUUCACGGUAAACACUGCAUAUGUCGGCUCAAUCAGAAAUGACGUAUAAAUUGUCGCAUUGACCAAAUUAGAAAUCGGCUUGAAUACCAGCGUAACGUUGGAUAGAAUACUUUUUUCAUUCCAGUGUUUAUUUCAUGGCUCUGAUCAUUUGAAGCGCCCACCAAGUGGCAUUUGAAUAUGGGUAAUUUGGUAAGAAGACUAAAAGGGAAUGUUUUUGUUCCCAUCCAGUCAUGCCUGCUGCUCCUAUGUCAGAAACGCAAAGUGCGUCCCAAAUGGCACCCUAUUCCCUAUAUAGCUCACUAUAUAGAAAAUACAGUGCCAUUUGCAACACAUUCACCUUUCUAUCUCUAGAACACACGUUAUGAAUGAGUGUGUAUGACACAGAGAGAAGAAGACCAAGGGUUGUCAAGUCUGUGCCUGUGUGUUUGUCAGUUAGUGAUGUAAAGUUCCAGUAGUAGUUUCUGUUUGUGUCAGGUUCGACAGACACACACAGCUGUUUCAGUGAUCUAUUAAAUAAACUGUCUGAAAUUCA